AUGCCCCAGGACACCCAGGCAGCCCAGCAUGGCCGCUGGCUGCAGGACAACCCCAGUGCCAACGCCGUCCUGCUGGGGAUGCACGGGGGGGAAGGAGCUGAGGAUGGAGACCAGGGAGGACAAAUCCUUGAGCAGAACCUCGUGGAAGAGAAGCCCUACAAGUGCCUGGAGUGUGGGAAGAGCUUCAGGCAGAGCAGCAACCUGAUCCGCCACCAGAUGAUUCACACUGGGGAAUGGCCCUACGAGUGUGGGGAGUGUGGGAAGGGCUUCAGCUGCAGAUCCAGGCUUGUGACCCACCAACGCAUCCACAUUGGGGAGAGGCCCUACGAGUGUCCUACAUGUGAGAAGAGAUUUCACACCAGCUCUAAUCUCCUCCAGCAUGAGCGGAUCCACACGGAUGAGAGGCCCUUCCGCUGCUCCGACUGUGGGAAGGGCUUCAAGCACAACUCCACCCUCAUCACCCACCGGCGCAUCCACACUGGGGAGAGGCCCUACGAGUGUCCCACAUGCCAGAAGAAGUUUCAGACCAGCUCCAGUCUCCUCCUGCAUGAGCGGAUCCACACGGAUGAGAGGCCCUUCCGCUGCCCUGACUGUGGGGAGGGGUUCAAGCAAAUUGCUCACCUCAUCACCCACCGGCGCAUCCACACUGGGGAGAGGGAUGAAGAUGAAUCAGAAGAAAAUUAA